UUUUUAAUCAGUUCGUCUUCCUCCCAGCGUCCCGUAGUUCGUUUCGAUUAUUUUUCGUUACAUUAUUAUUAUUAUUAUUAUAUUUACUUUUUUUUUUUUUUAUCAUUCCCGCAGUCGGUUCGCCCGAACGACAUUGUUAAUAAUACCAUCAUUAUUAUUAUCCGUUCAAUUGUCGUAGUCAUUCAUUUUUACUGCGCAAUACAUACCGUUCCCGUCGGCUGUGUGCUGGACGAGUGUUGCGAAAUCGCGUUUACGCAUUAACCCAACGCCCGUCCGCGAUCACAUCGUCAAUACCGGCGACGAUUUUUCUGCUGUCGGCCUGCGGCUCUACCCGCCGCCACCGCAUCCGUCACGCGCGACACCGAUCACAAAGACGUCGCCGCCAAACGUUUUCGUGACAUCCGUUUUGGUUCUGGAAUGACCAGUGCCUCUCGUCGUCACCAUGACUGUUGUGGAUUUUUGUGAUUAUUUUUGGGGUGAAAAAAAUAAUGGAUUUGAUAUUUUGUACCAUAAUAUGAAAUAUGGCUUAAUAGCUAGUAAAGAUUUGUCAGAUUUUUUGAGAGAAAGAACAAAUAUUGAAGAAACAUGUUCAAAAUUACUUGCAAAACUAUCUAAACAAACCAGUAACAGUUCAGCAGCAGGAACUUUCAAUCCUUUAUGGAUAUUACUACGAGGAUCUAUAGAAAAACUCACCACAUUACAUUUACAGAUGGUACAUAAAAUUUGUGAGCUAGUAAAAGAUGUUACAAAGUAUACUGAUGAAUUACAUAAAAAACAUAAAACUGUUAAAGAAGAACAAAGUGGCACUUUGGAUUCUGUACAAGCCAUACAAUCAACCACUUUGGCUUUACAGAAAGCUAAAGAUACAUAUGUACAAAAAGGUGGAGAACUAGAUAAACUGAGAAAAGAUAAUGCUUCUGCCAAAGAUAUCGAAAAAGCAGAACUAAAAUUAAAAAAAGCUCAAGAUGAUUAUAAAGUAUUAGUUGACAAAUAUAAUGCCGUGAAAGAAGAAUUUGAAAAAAAAAUGACUACAGCUUGCAAGAUUUUUCAAGAAGUUGAAGAAUCACAUUUAAGACAAAUGAAAGAUUUUCUCAACUUGUAUACUGAGUUAAUUGAAACAAAUCAUGAAGAAAUUGGAAAGGUUCAUUUUGAAUUUAAAAAACAAUGUUCAGAAUUAUCAGUAGAUAAGUUAUUACAGCAAUUUGUUUUAACUAAAUGUACAGGAUUAGAAAAACCAGAAAAUAUUGAAUUUGAGGAAGUAUGUCUAAAUAGCACAUCUAAUAUUAUCAAUCAAGUACCUGAUUCAUCAAGUGAUACAAGAUCAAUCCAAGGAACCAAUUCACCAGUGUUAACAAGUACACCACAAAAUUCAUGUGCCAAUAGUGUUGCAUCUGAAAAGCCUUCUACAGCAAAACGUGAAGGUAAUAGCGGUAUAAGGGACAAGAAAGAUGCUACCAAUUACCAGUCCUCCAGAGCAACAUCCUUACUCAAUAUCUUCAUCUCCAACUCCCACGGUGCUUUUUCAAAAUCAAACAGAACUGUCAGUUUAAGUACUGAUCACACAGCUUAUUCACUUCCUCAGAAUUCCAUUCGUGGAUCAAAAUGGUUUUUAAGGAGUAGACGAGACAAACGUAAGGAAAAGAAAACUAAAAAAAAGAAGGAUACAAAUGGUGAAACAGUAGGCAAGGAAGACAAAUCUGAUAAUGAAGAAAAAGAAGAAGAAGAGUCUAAGAAUUGUACACUAGAAAUUGAUGAUGAAGGAUAUCGUAUACAACCAACAGGACAAUGGAGCGUUGACAAAGGAAAUUUUUUUUCAUCAUCAGAUUCAGAUGAGGAGACUGAUAAAAGAUUACAUGUUGAAAUAAAACCAUUAAGCAAUGGAUCAGGUCCAAUAAGUGCAAGUGUUGAUGAAUUAAGAGCUACUGUUGAAAAUAUAUCAUUAUUACCCUUGGGAACACAGACUUUAAAGAACCGGCGAGGAUCAGGUAAUGAUGAUGGUACAAUGAAACGUUCUAAAUCGGUUUCACAACAAUUGAAUUCUGUAAAAGUAAGUAAUGAUCUGAUAGGAUUGAAUUUAUUCCAAUCAAGUGACCAGGCUCCUAAUCCAGUUCAACAGUCUAAUUCAUUGAAUAGCCCUACUUUAUCGUUAACAAACAAAUCAAUUUCUCCGCCUAAUGUUUUCCCUGUAAUGUCGAGAUAUGCUGCAGAUCUAGGUGAUUUAUUCUUUGAAGAUCUUCAACAGUCCACUCCGAAACAAGUGUCUCAGUCUACAACUCCUCCAUUGGGUUCUAUCUCUAUACCUCGUCCACCAUCUAGACGUGAGAAUGGACCACGCAAUCAACUCAGUCCAAUUAGUAUUGCCAGAACAGAUAGUGUGACAAGUCUUGAAUUCCGUUCUUCUGGAGUCAUAGGUCCAUCCAGAGGACCAUCACCAUUAACAAUUGGAUUGUCUGACUCUAUUCCAUUGGCUGUUGCAUUUCAUGAAAUAAUUCAUGCCUAUUUCAAAGGAUCAAACGAAUCAAGAUGUCAAGUGAAAAUGUUUGGAGAUAUGAUGGUAUCAUUUCCUGCUGGUAUUGCAAAUAUAUUAGCUAAUAAUCCUAAUCCAGCAAAAUUGUCUUUUCGAUUGAAGAAUACUAUGAGAGUGGAAAAUAUCCUUCCAAACAAACAACUUAUGAUAAUGGAUAACACACUUCCAGCUGGUGAUUCAAUUAUUUAUGAAUUCAAUAUGCCUGCUUUAACAUCAUUGUUGCGUAAACAAUUUGAGCAAAAUCCUACGGCAUCCUAUUUUAAUGUUGACAUUCUUAAGUAUCAAGUGAAACUGCGUAAUACUGCAGCAGCAUCAUGUCCGUUCCAAUUAGUUUCAUUUUAUAAAUGUAGUAAUAGUUAUACAGAUCUUAAAAUUGACUAUAAAUUUAACAGUCACUCUAUGAGUGUUCCUCUGCCUUUACUCAAUGUUUCAGUAUCUGCUAAUUUAAAUUCAGCAAUACGUAAUAUGCAGUCGAAACCAACUGCACAAUGGCAAUCUGAUACAAAAACUGUAACUUGGAAGUUUGCUGAACUUGCUCAAUAUUCUGAAAGCCAGGGUUCCGGUUCAUUAAAAGCAAGAUUUGAGGUUGAUAAUUUGUGUCCUAUAUCCACAAUUGUAACUCAAUUUAACUGUGAGGGUACAACAUUGUCUGGAGUAGAAUUUGAAUUAGCAAGUACUGGUUAUAGAGUUUCAUUGAUCAAAAGACGUUUUGUCGCAGGUAAAUAUAUUUGUGAUGGUGAACCAGAUCCAAAAAGUUCUACUCAACAUUCCACUGUGUCAUCAAACAUUUCUUGUUCAGACUGUUAACAAUCUGUUUCAUUUAUUAUUUGUUUUUAUAUACAUUUAUAAUGUUUAUUAUCAAUCUCAUGUUUUUUGUUGGUAAUUUUUCAUAAUUUAAGUGUUUCGUAUCUUUUGUUUUCAUUAAUAUUUCUAACAAUUUUGAAUCGUUCUCAGUUUUAUUUGUCGUUUCCUACUCAUUACAUUUG